AUGAAACAUCCUAUCCAAGUUUUACUAGCACAUCAUCAAAAAGAUAAUAUAUAUUUAGGAAUUGGACAGGAUAUUUAUGUUAUAAACUCGAAAACUGGAGAAAAAAUAGCAAGCUGGAGUCUUCCAAAACCAAUUAUUAUUCAACAAAAGGAAACAGUAAAUAAUAUAUCAGUUGUGCAGUGUUUUAGUAUUAGCACUACUUAUAAUCUUCUUUUUGUGUCUAGCAAUGAUAAAUUAUUAAGAAUUUUUGAUAUUUCAGAAGGAUUGAAUCUUCAAGAUGAAAAACAAUGCAGAAAACGACCGUGUACAAUAGUGCCUAUUGAUUCAUUAUCAAAAGUUUUUGUUAGUGAUAAAUUUGGGGAUGUUUACUCUUUUUCAUUAAAUCAAGAUUCGCAAAUAGAUAUAGACACAAGUCCUAUUCCAUCAAAUCUUGUGUUAGGUCAUAUUUCUAUGAUUACAGAUAUGGUUGUUACACAUGAUUCUAAGUAUUUAAUUACGUCUGACAGAGAUGAACACAUUAAAAUAAGUCAUUUACCAAAUUGUAUUGUUAUUAAAGGUUAUUGUCUAGGACAUCAUGAAUUUGUUUCAAAACUCUGUAUUUUAUCAUGGGAACAGGAUAUUUUAAUAUCAGGAGGAGGAGACCCAUAUUUAUUCAUUUGGAACUGGAGAACUCAAGAAUUGUUGUGCAAAAUAGAUUUAAUAGAUCUCUUUUAUGAAAAAUUACAGUCUAUGGAUAGAAUUAAUAAGGAUAUAUAUGUUUUGGAAAAAAAAAAAAUUGCAAUUAUUGGUAUUCAAGAAAUACCACAAAAAAAAGAAAUUGCAAUUAUCAUUGAAAAAGUACCACUGUUAUUAAUAUUUGGAGAUUUAAUAUCGAAAAAACCUACAUUGAAAGUUAUUGAAUUGCUUCCGGGAAAUCCUUUAAGUAUUACUUUGGAUAAAAACAAUAUACUUUGGGUGUCUUUAGAUAAUUCUGAUGAUGGCAAUGUCCCUGUUAUAUAUUUGUUUCCAAAAAAUGAAGAAAUUGAAAAAAUAGAAAUGGAAUUAAAUAGAACAUUGACUAUAGAAGUUAAUCAUAAAUUUUAUCCAUUAUAUAAUUUUGCACAAAUUCGGAAACAAAGAAAAGAUUAA